AUGGUGAAAGUCGAACUCGACGGCACGCUUCUUGCAGAGUCGGACGCGACGGUGGUGGUAGAAGGAAACCACUAUUUCCCGCGCGACGCUAUCAAAACCGAGUACUUCAACCCGUCCAACACGCACACCACCUGCCCUUGGAAAGGGUAUGCGUCCUACUACAAUGCGUCGGUCAACGGGAAAGAGGUGAAAGACAUUGCAUGGUACUACCCCGAGACCAAGGAGAAGGCCAACAAUAUCAAGGACUACGUAGCGUUCUACAAGGUCUCUGUGGACAUCAUCCCUCUCGGAUCGUAUGACUGA